UACUGUUAAAUAAAAAUUAAGAUUAUACAAAUAAGAAAAUGUAAACUAAUCACACCUGUAAAGAAAAUGAACAUUUAUUGAAUCCUCCUAUUUAACUUCCUUUACCAAAAGAAUUCCAUAUAAAAACACGAUAAUUAUUAUCGCAAGCAAUGCACUAGCAACAUAAAUUACCUGCUAAUUCUAUAGCUUUAUUUAAAUCUGAAAUAACAAAACCUAUACAAGAUUAAGAUAUAGAAGAAACGCCUUAAUAAGAAGCUAACUUUCAUUAUUUGUUUGGUGCAUAAGAAACAGAUUGUUAUGGAAUAGUUGAUUUCGAUACUUCUUAAGCUAUUAUGUUUUGCCCGAAUAUCCCAGAAGCAUAUGAAAUAUGGAUGGUUGUAAACAGAUAAUCUUAUUUUAAAUAAACUUAUGCUAUAAAUGAUUGUUUUUAUGUAGAAGAACUGAAUAAAUACCUCGAAGAAAAAAAGCCUUCAGAAAUACAUUUAUAUGAUGGAGAAAAUUCUGACAGUGGACUACGUCCUUCAUUGCCUACAUUUGAUUUUUUGGAAAAAUACAAGAUUGUAAAACAUUAAUUAUAUCAUACAUUAAAUGAAUUAAGAACUAUCAAACACCCAGAAGAAAUCGAAUAAUUAAUGUUCAUAAAUAAAAUUUCUUCAGAUGCCCAUGUUCGUGUAAUGCAAAAUACAUAUCCUCAUUUAAAAGAAUAUUAAAUGGAAUCAUUAUUUAAAUUUCAUGUUUAAGAAAGAUGCGGUUCUAAAGCUAAGGCGUAUGAUUGUAUAUGUGCAAGUGGAUAAGGGAAUGCUACUUUACAUUAUAAUGCUAAUACAAAAUUGAUUGCUGAUAAUUGUUUGAUUCUUAACGAUAUGGGGUCUAAAUAUAAUGGAUAUUGCUCAGAUAUUACUGUUACUUUCCCAUCUAAUGGAAAAUUUACUCAAAAAUAAAAACAUAUAUAUUAAGCAGUUUAUGAGGCUUAUAAAAAUGUUUUGGAUAAUGUAAAAGAAGGAGUUUAAUGGGAUGAUAUGCAUUUGUUGGCUGAAAAAACUAUCCUUAAACAUUUGAUUAAUAUCGGUAUUGUUGUAAAUGCACCAAUGGAAGAACUUAUUGAAAAAAGAAUUGGUGCGGUAUUUUUCCCACAUGGAUUAGGACAUUUUAUUGGUUUGUGUGUACAUGAUGUCGGUGGAUAUAAUCCAGGACAUCCUGAAAGACAUUCUUAGGCUGGACUUAAAAAUUUGAGAACAAGAAGAACUCUUUAGGCCGGUAAUUGUAUUACUGUUGAACCUGGAUGUUAUUUCAAAGAACUUAUUAUUGAAAAAGCUUUAAAUAAUUAGGAAUAAUGUAAAUAUUUGGUAAAAGAAAAAAUAGAAGAAUAUAAGGAAGUAGGAGGUGUAAGGCUUGAAGAUGGAAUCUGUAUUACAAAGACUGGAUAUAUCAAUUUUACGAAUGUCCCAAGAACAAUUGAGGAAGUAGAAAAAGCUUGCGCUGGUUUACAUUGGAAAAAUUGAGAAAAAUAAAUAAAUUAAUAUAUAUUUUUUAAAUUUGCAUUUUUUAUUUAUUUAAAUAGAAAAUAUAAAAAAAAUAAAUAAAUAAUAAUUAUGUUCAUUGUUUUUUAUAUGGAUUAUUAAAAUUAUUAAAUAUAUUAUAUGCUUUAUU